UUUUUCAAAGAGAAAAGGCGUGAAAACAACCGUUUCCAAUUCCAUAGGAAUCCUUAAGCUAUCGUAUAUAGGGAGCCUUGGAUGUUAGUGUUUGUGGCUCUGUGCUGCGCUCUUUGAUUCUCUCUCUUUCCCACGUCUAUAGCCAAAAGAAGAGAAAUGGAGAAGGGAUUGAAGCCGAUGGAUGCUGAGCAGCUCAGAGAGAAUGCUCAUAAGAUGGUUGAUUUCAUUGCUGAUUACUAUAAGAACAUCGAGAGUUUCCCAGUUCUCAGUCAAGUUGAGCCUGGGUAUCUGAAUAAAAUUUUACCGGAUUCUGCACCUACCCAUCCUGAAUCACUGCAAAAUGUUCUUGAUGAUAUUCAGGAGAAGAUAUUACCAGGGGUAACUCAUUGGCAAAGCCCUGAUUACUUUGCAUAUUUUCCUUCUAAUAGCAGUACUGCUGGGUUCUUAGGAGAAAUGCUCAGUGCUGGUAUUAACAUUGUUGGUUUCAGUUGGGUGACUUCUCCUGCUGCGACUGAACUAGAAGUUAUUGUUUUGGAUUGGUUUGGUAAAAUGCUGAAGCUACCUGAAGAUUUCCUUUCACAGGGUAAAGGUGGUGGAGUGAUUCAGGGUACAGCAAGUGAAGCUGUUUUAGUUGUUUUACUGGCUGCUCGGGAUAAGGUCUUGAGGAGGGUUGGAAAAAACUCCCUCGAAAAACUUGUGGUGUAUGCAUCUGAUCAGACACAUUCUUCUCUGCAAAAAGGCUGCAGGAUUGCAGGGAUCUAUCCAGAAAACUGUAGAUUGCUGGAAACUGACUCUUCGACGAACUUUGCACUUUCUCCUGAUGUACUUAGUGAAGCCAUCUCAAAAGACAUUGCUGCUGGUCUAGUUCCAAUUUUCUUAUGUGCUACAGUUGGUACUACUUCUUCAACAGCUGCGGAUCCUCUUCCAGCAUUGGGAAAAAUUGCUAAGGGGAAUGAGAUGUGGUUCCACAUUGAUGCAGCAUAUGCCGGAAGUGCUUGUGUGUGUCCAGAAUACCGGCAUUAUAUUGAUGGUGUUGAAGAAGCAGACUCAUUUAAUAUGAAUGCACAUAAAUGGUUUCUUACUAAUUUUGAUUGUUCAUUGCUCUGGGUAAAGGAUCGUAAUGAUUUGAUUCAGUCACUUUCCACAAAUCCAGAGUAUCUGAAAAAUAAGGCUUCAGAAGGAAACAUGGUUGUGGAUUACAAAGAUUGGCAAAUUCCUUUGGGACGUCGGUUCAGGUCAUUGAAGCUAUGGAUGGUUUUGCGACUAUAUGGUUUAGAGAAUCUACAAAAUUACAUAAGAAACCAUAUUGAAUUGGCUAAACAUUUUGAACACCUUGUUGCUGUAGAUAAAAGAUUUGAGAUUAUCGUGCCUCGAACUUUUUCGCUUGUUUGUUUUCGCCUUUGUCCCCAACAUGAUGAUCAAGAUCGCUGCAAUAAAUUGAACCGUGACUUACUGGAGGCUGUAAACGCAACUGGAAAAAUAUUCAUAUCACAUACGGUCCUAUCAGGGAAAUACAUUCUACGUUUUGUGGUGGGAACUCCACUGACAGAAGAGAAGCAUGUAAAUGCAGCAUGGAAAGUUUUGCAAGAUGAGGCCACCACCUUGUUCGGGAGGUUCUAGAGUGUGAGUUAAGUAAUUCUGCUUCAUUCAUACAUUUGUUCUCAUUGAACUUCACCAUCUUUUAACUAUUAAGCUGCAACAGAGCCUCUAAUGUGCUCUUUCAUCUGUUUCACUGGCUAAAAUUAUUGUUUUCUACAAUAAGCUGUAACAGACCCUACAGCUAUUCACAUUGUGUAUUGACUAUGAGUAGUAGUGCUUUAAUGGUGAACCCUGCCUGAACCAUUGGUAUCCUUGAUAUUUGUUGGCCAACGAAUAUUUGUUUGAGA